AUGCAGCUAUCAUUGACUCAAGCAUGCACCUGGAAGGGUCUGUUGCUGUUGGUGUCAUGCAUGUUCCUGUGGGUAUAUGUGACUGCCACACGAUAUGACAAGAAAUCCAAUGAAGAGAUCUAUGACAAUCUGCUUUCCUCUUCUCGUCACACACAUAGAGUUGCCCGAAAAAUGUAUAAAAUCUUAGACUCAAAGUUAACUGAGAGAGUAUGUUUUAAGAAUAAAAUAAACAAGAACUGCCAAACCAUUUCUACACAUUCUGUAAAAACUAAUGAAGAUCUUCUGAAAGUCAUCAUCAAUAUUUCAAAUUUCUGGACAUAUCCACUGAAAAUGCUCAUACCUGCAGUGUUGACUCAUUUAGAGUCUGAUGAUGGAAUGAUGACAAGAGCUGUAGAGCUUAACUAUGGAAAUAAAGUAGUUCUGGAGGGAGCAAACACUUUACUUAGUAGGAUUCGGCCUGGAAUUGAAGAAAAUAAUGACCCUGACAGGUGGUCAGACCUAAUAGAAUUGAGGUCCUCCAAAAAAAGCAAGCACCUUCUUGCAUUUUGUAAACUCUUCUACUGCCUACGCAAGGAUACAAAGAUGGUUACGUGUUAUCUCAGGGCUCUGAAGCAUGGCGUCAUCAAAAACAAGUGCUAA